GGGAAGAUAAAUGGAGUAUUACACGACAAGUCACAACUUUUACGAUAAAUUGUACGACACUGCAGGAAAACCUCAUUUUGCGGGACAUCUUCCCGGGUACGCCGGCUACAGUCCCGGUAAGAGGUAUACUGAGGGAUUGACAUUCGGGGCUGCUACUGAGAAGAUUAAUAAGAAAGUAAGGUCGGAGAUUGAGAGUCGGUUUACGGAGCCACGAGGACCAAAAUGUACGCUAGUUCCGAGAUACUCCGCCUGUCAUGGUCUCCCAAUGGCUAUGUACAGGGAGCGACCCCAGUCAGGGACAGUGUUUGCAAACAAGCAGGAAAUGGACAGACUUGUAAAGUCUCUGUCUUGGUACAGUAGAUCAGCAAAGGACAGGGCCAUGCAGGGCCAGAACAAACUGCUACCCCACCGAUACAAGCACAGGACAUAUUCCAGUGCAACAGAAGCGGGGAGUAAGGGUUCCGAUACAUCUGAGAGAGAGCCGGUCCUCGAAACACCACUGAAGUUUCAGCGAGAGUCACGUAACAAAGCGUCCAAGCCCAAGUCGACGAGUUGUACUCAGUCCGAAUACAGCUUCAUCUUGAACAAUAGCCAGCCUGCUCAUUCUAGGGGUACAAGGAGGAUCAAGAGCAGUAAAACGUUGAGACAAAAACCUGUCGGAGGCUUUUGAGGCUGAACUUUGAGGAAUCAGAGAUAUUCUACAAUCUACAUUCUGUUCUCAGUGAUUCUUCCAAGAUCAAGAAUCGAAAUGAAACCUUAAGUUAAUAUGACGUGCAAAACCUGAAUUUACUUCAAACGGACUACAGACUAGCAUCGACAUUAUGCUGCUACUAAGGGCACACAAUACACAAUAUCUCAUUUGUUAUCGAAUCGUGUCUAUGAUUUUAAUUACUAGUUAUACAAUUAUGUUCGAUUCGUCAGGUAAUGGUGAUUAAUAAAGGAAUUUGAUUACAUCCAUGUGUAAUUACAUUGUAUUAUGAUUUUGAAAAUUAAA